GAUGGCAGUCGCAUUGCAAACAAAAGACGAGCGAGAGCGCGCGCCACUCAUCGCUCUCGCUCGAUGCGACAGCGAGUGACGUUCUCACCCUCACCCACCCCCCUAGCCCCAUUCUACCCCUUUGCUAAACCCAUCUCCUUUCUACUAAACCACCACCACCACUACCCGAUCUUUUACCCCACUAGUCAUCAUCCUCAUCCUCCUUCUCUCUUUUCUCCGUGAGUCCCCCAGUUAACCAACCACCCAUUGCGUUGUCAUCCCUCCUCCUCCUCCCACUGUCCCCCCCCCCUCGGUGUGCCUAUUCGAAUCUUGGUGGUGGUUGUAGUGAAUGCUUUGACAGUGAAUAAGGGGAAAGAGAGUGAAGGCUUUACAGAGAAUGACAACGACAACAGGCGAUCCAUCAACAUUGAAAACUCCAGCGUCACUUUCCAGUGGCGAUUUGGUUUCACGACUUUUGGCAGCGACACCACCCUAUCUCUACAAUGUUCCACUGACACCAAAUAGUUUUUUCUUCAGCGAAAUGCUUCGAUCUUUUGUUCAAGCCAAAGCCGAAGCAACGCCAAUUACACCCACGCCAGGUACACCUCGACGAAGAAAAAGAUCAUGGAGAGAUACACGAGAUCGUCCUUUGGAAUUAACAACAAAAGAACGAAAUCAUCAUCAACAUCAUCAUUCAACUCAACAAAAUCAUCAACAGGUAGAAAAAUAUUUUCACACCCAACAACUACAACAACAUCAUCAACAACAACAGCAACAUCUUCUAGAUUCCCCUCAUUUGGAUAAUCAAACAAAAUCCCUCGAAUCAUCAUCAUACGAUUUAGAAAAUAAAAAUCUUCCCCUCAGCUUAGAGCAAAAAACCCAAGAAUUUAAUAAUGAAAUAUUAAAAUCAAUCGAUGAUAAUAAUCGCUCUGAAUUUAAACCAUCAAAAAAUUAUUUUGCCGAUCGUAUUCCAAAUUUACAAGAGACAAUAUUUUCAACAAAUGAAAUACAAAAAGUCAAACCAGAAGAGGUAGAGAGAAAUUGUACUUACAGUGAAAAGGAUAAUAAUUUAGAGGAUCGUUGCAAUAAAACGACAGCAACAACAACAACAAUAACAACAGCAGCAGCAACAACAACAUCAACAAGUAAUAAUGAAUUAUCAUUUCUCGCUGAACAAAAAAAUAAACUUGAUUUUAAUGCGAGAAAUUUUUUGCCAACAUUACCAAUAAGAGGCGAUGAAUUACAAUCAACAGUUGCUAAAGGAUUUGGUCUUACAACAGGGAAUGUUCCAAAUCCUGAAUUUUUGCCAAAUCCCCUGUGGUAUCCACCUUAUCCAAUAUCACAAUCAUAUCCCGGUAUUGAUCCAUUACAUUUUUUUAUUGACCUACGUGUAUCGGGACACAUAUGGGAUCGAAAGUUGAAUGCAGAGAGGCAAUUGCCUUUCAAGAGUAAGCACAGCUCAGCUUUUAGUGUACCCCAAGCAAAGGAGUACAAUAAUCGACCAUUGAAUUUAACAAGAGACGAGGCUUCAUCAACAUCGAGAUUAUCUGAAGAGAAUCAUCAGGGGACGCAUUAUAUUUUGAAACAUAUCACAAAAACCUACAAAGAUAUUAAAGAGGCUGAGAAAGAUUCAAGGACCGAAAUCACUGAAGUGAUGAUUGAAGACGAACCACGAAAUUCUGAAGAAUUGGAGUCGUCCAAAAAAGAGGAAACAAAUAAUUCUGCAUCAAAUCAAGAGGAGGAAAAGAAAGAUCUUCGUGCUCUCAUUGGUCUCGAACUUGUUGUCGAUUAUGUUAAAGAGCCAAAAGGUGAAUCCAGUAGUUCCGAAUGUUCUCCACAAAUAAGAGAGUAAUAUUUCUGUCGAGCAUGUGAUGAAAAAAAAUAAA